UUGCUCAAGAAAUUAAAAAAAAACUAAUUAUAUCUUAUUAAGAUACUUAAAACAUGAAAGGAACUCAUUUCCUUGCAAGUUUUGCAAUUCUAGCUUUAUCAUUCUCUUUUGGCAUGGCCUUUGACCCUAGUCCUCUUCAAGAUUUCUGUGUUGCCAUCAAUGAUCCUAAAGAUGGUGUAUUUGUGAAUGGCAAAUUCUGCAAGGACCCAAUGCUGGCAACAGCAAAGGAUUUCUCAUUUUCAGGUCUCAACAUCCCUAGAGACACAUCAAACAAAGUUGGAUCAAAUGUGACUCUGCUAAACGUUGAGAGAAUAGCAGGACUCAACACACUCGGCAUAUCUUUGGCUCGUAUCGACUACGCGCCGCACGGACUUAACCCGCCCCACAUUCAUCCUCGCGCCACGGAAAUCCUAACUGUUGUCGAAGGCUCGCUCUACGUUGGCUUUGUGACAUCGAACCCGAAUCGCCUUAUUACGAAAACUCUAUACCCCGGAGAUGUUUUUGUAUUUCCGAUCGGUUUGAUUCACUUUCAGUUCAAUGUGGGAGAUACUAAUGCAGUUGCUUUUGCUGGAUUGAGCAGCCAAAACCCUGGAGUUAUUACAAUUGCUAAUGCUGUGUUUGGUUCGAACCCACCGAUCAAUGCUGAUGUUCUUACAAAAGCAUUUCAAGUGGACAAGAAUGUGAUUAAUUAUCUUCAGAAGCAGUUCUGGACCAACAAUCAUUGAUCAAAUAAAUAUAAUAAGAAUGUGACAUAAUAUUGAUUUUAAUCGUUAUAUAAAUAUUAUCAUAUUGUAACAUAAUAAGGAGGUUCUAUGAGGCCUCUAUGUUCAUUUCGUUUUCAAUAAAUUAUUUAUGAUUUUACUGUUA